UGCACCGCUCCCAGAGUCAGCCCGGCCCGGCCAGCGAGCGAGUCGAGAGCGCGAUGCCCCCGCGGGCCCGCCGAUCGUGACGGCGGAGUGCGGCGCGGUCGGCAGCAUGGCACUGCGGCUAGUGCUGCUGGGCGCGCUGGUGGCGUGGGGCGCGCGCAGCGCUGCCGGCGGCUGCGGCGUGGCGGAGUUCGCGUGCCGGAGCGGAGCGUGCGUGCGGCUGGACGCGUACUGCGACGGCGAGGCCCAGUGCGCGGAUGGCAGCGACGAGCCGGCGGGCUGCUCGGUGUGCAACCGCACAUACUACGGGCGCGUCGGCGUGGCGUACGGCGUGGAGUUGCGCGGGGCGCCGCGGGCGCCGUUCCUGUGCCACCUGACGUUCACGGCGGGCGGAGGCGCGCACGGCGACCUGGUGCAGCUGCAGCUGGACGAGUUCCGCGUGGGGCGGUACGAGGCGGGCGCGCUGGACGGAUGCCCGGACGGCUACAUGCAGCUGUCGGAGCUGGGCCGGCCCUUCACGGGCGGCUCGUGGUGCGGCUCGGCGGACGGCGCGGCGCUCUACUACAGCGAGACUGCCACCGUCACCGUGUCCGUCAAACUGUUCCGCGCCCGCCUUGGGGAGCCCUUCGGCUUCCGGCUGCAGUACAAGUUCCUGGCCCAGCGCGACGCCAUCGUCAGGUUCGGCGCGGCGGAGGCGCCGCUGGAGCGCGGCGCGGUGUCGCCGGGCACGUAUUGCACGCGCACCUAUGAGGAGUGCCACCGCAAGCCGUGCCGCCUGCAGAGCCCCAACUACCCCGGCAUGUACCCGCGCAACGUCACCUGCUACUGGUCGCUGCGCCAGAAGGACAUCCCCACGUGCAAGCACGCCAUGAUCUCGGUGCGGCAGGAGUUCUCGCACAAGAUGCAGAUCAAGCGGUCGAUCAGCAUGGCCAGCCUGAACAAGACGGGGCGGGCGGUGCGCGCGUGGCGCGAGUGCACGGGCGAGCGCGACCGCCUCAUCGUGUACGACGGCGCCAGCACCGACGACCCCGUGCUGGUGGAGUACUGCGGCGGCGACUGGCUGCCCCGCGUCACGGCGCGCGGGCCCGAGAUGCUCGUGGCCUUCCACUCGUCGCCGUUCAGCGCCCCGCCACGAGCCGCGCCCGCGCUCGCCCCGCUGCGGGGCUUCGAGCUCGACGUCGACGUCAUCUUCGCCAACUCCGACUCGCUCGACUACGCCAGGGAGGCCCGCCGCUGCGAGUUCCACGUAAAGGCCUCCUCGUCGGAGGAGGAGCUGAACGCGACGGCAAGCGCGGCGCGAGGGCGGCGCGGGCGGUUGCGGGCGCCGGCGCACACCUUGCCGCCCCACACCACCUGCACCUGGACCUUCCACGGCCGCCCAGGUGACCUCGUGUGGAUAUACUUCUCGAGCUUCACGCACUAUUCGCUCGUGGAGCCGCGUAGAGUGGAGAGCGGCGAGCGGGACGAGGAGGCGGGAGGCCCCGCCUCCCCGCGCCCCGCCGCCGACCCUCGCGCCGGGGUCAGCGGCGCCUGCGCCGUCGAGCUGCGCAUCUGGGACGGAGGAGGGGGCAGCGACGCGGGCGCCUCGCUCGGCCGCUAUUGCGACGUCACGCCGGCGCUGUGCGCGCGCGCCGCGCUCGCCAACGCCACGCGGUCGCCUCGGCCCUGCGCGCCGCCGGACGGCUACGUGUCGGCGGCGCCGCUGCUAUCGAUGGCGGCGACCACGCGGCCCGGCACCGCGACGCACCCGCUCGCCUUCGCACUGCACUACGAGUUCGUGGACGCCCGGCUCGAGGGCGAGCCGCUGCCGAUCUCAGAGACGCGCGUGCGCGCGGAGCCGGCGGAGUGUGCGCGCCGCCUCACCGAGCCGGGCGCGUUCACGUCGCCGCGCAACGCGCUGUGGUUCGGGCGCGGCGGUGGGCGGCGGCUGCGCUGCGUGUAUCGGCUGCAGGCGGCGGGCGGGCGCGUGGAGCUGCGCCUGCUGGCGGCGACGUUCGGGCGCGAGGGCCGCUGCGUGACGCGCGUGGACCCGGUGACGGGGCGGCCGACGUGUGCGCCGGAGGAGGGCGGGGAGGCGCGGCCGAGCGAGCCGCCCCCGGAGCUGGACGACACGGGAGAGCCGCCGCUGCGGGUGCCGCACCUGCGUAUAUACGAGUCGCCAUGGCCCGGGUACCGCGUGCCGCUGGGCUGCAUCUGCGACAACGUGAGCGCGCCGCUGACGCUGGUGUCGGGCGGACCGGCGCUGGAGCUGGAGCUGGCGGCGUCGGCGCUGGCACCGGGGGAGGACCACCGCCACCUGCACUUCCGCGCGGACUGGCAGCGCCGCCCCGCGCCGCCACACUGCCCCGCCGCGCGCCGCUUGCCGCCGCCCGGACACAGGGUGCACCUCGUCUAUCCCUACAGCGGCAACAAGAUAUCGUCGUGCGGCGAGACGCCGUUCCUGCUGACGGCGCGCGGCAAUCGCAGCGUGUUCCUGCGCGUGUGGGGCGAGGAGCUGCCGACGGGGACGGGUGCAGGGGGCGGGGAGGUACCGCCCUGCGCCACCGCGAACCGCGUGCUCGUGUACGACGCGCACUCCACCCGCUUGCUGCGCGCCGUGUGCCCGGGCGCCGACGACGCGCGCGCUGUGCAGCUGUUCAGCGUCGAGUGGUGGGCCGGCGCCGCCGCACGCGCGCCCGCGCUUCUCGUCGUAUGGGCUGCGCGUGAGGAGGGCGCCGCGCGCUUCGCCUGGAUGGAGGUGUGGCGCGGCGCGGCGGGCCCGGGCGGUGCGCCGGCCAACGCCUCGUGCGCGCACUGGUGCGCCGCGCUGGGCGCCUGCAUGCCCGCUGCGUUGUGGUGCGACGGCGGCGUGGACUGCCCGGGCGGCGCGGACGAGGCGGGCGCGUGCGGCGCAGGCGCGCGGCUUCUGGCGGCGCUGCGCGCAGGCGGCGGUGCGGGAGCGGGCGCGGCGGCGGCGCUGCUCGUACUGCUGCUGCUGCUAGCGGCGGCGCUGUGCCGGCGCCGCGCGCACAAGCGGCCGGCGGGCGGCGCGCCGCGGCGGUUAACGGAGGAGCUGCUGUACGACGCGUCGCGUGCGUCGUCGGCGGCGUCCUGACGGCACGAGCGCUCCGUCGAGUACAUCCACGUGGACCGCGAGACCACGGUGUGACGGAGCGCCGCGCCCGCCCGGGCCUCGGCCGGGUUUCGUUAGUCGAAUUCAGUAGGACCGCUAGUCGUGAAUCGCCGGGGAGCCCUACACGCGAGUGGCACGUGCGCUGCGGGGCGCUGUCGCACGUCGUGGCGCGUCGUAGCGCGUAGCUGCGCGGGGGGCGGCGAGUGUACAUAUUAUUGUGUAUAGAGCGGUGAUCGGGGCCGCCGCGGGUUAUGUUCGGUCGUUAUGUUUUGUACUUAUGAAUACUAUGUAUGUAUAUUCUAUUAAUUAUAUUUCCGAUAAACUAUCCCGUCCCUCGUUUUCACUAAGAAUGUGGAUCGCUAAAAUAAAUACAUAGUUUAAACUGA